ACAAAAGUUAAAUGGCCAUGCAAAUUGCGCGCCAUGAUCUUCUCCCGCUGUGCAUGCAUCUUUCUAUUACUCUUAUACGCGGCAUAGCUAUUGCUGUGAUCACUGCAUGUGGGGACGAAAAUACUGCUAGCAUUUAUGGUGCCUUUGCUUGUUGGUUGUUAUCUGUUGUAAUAAAGUUCAUAGCCGCACUGUUUAUGAAAUUGUUCCCAUCUCGGCUUCUUCAUCGGAAAGGACUGGUGCUCUCUAUUGUUUAUUAAUUUCCUGGAAUCGGAUCGAUUCCCUUUGAGCUUCAAUUUUCCUGGAAAUAAUUUCUAAGCGGAUCUGAUCAUAAGGCGUUCGUGGAUCUUUCUGGGAUUACAUGACAUGGGGCAGGCUCAGGCUUUAAGUUUUCGUGAAGAACAUUAGUAGCAAAGCACAGUGAUGGAUGUUGAAGGAAAAGCUUUGAAAGCAGGUGGAUCGAGUUCGAGUCCAAAUCCGGCUUCAUCUAGGAAGCGCAGAAAGACUUGUUGUUUAGCGGUGAUCGGCACUGUAAUCGGCAUCGUGUUAUUGAUUGUCAUAUUAGCUUUCACGGUGUUCAAAGCCAAGCGUCCGGUGACCACUUUUGAAGACUUGAGCAUCAAAGACCUCGACUUUUCCAUCGACAUUACCAGGUUAGCCGUGCGCUUGAACAUCACUCUGGAUGUCGAUGUCUCCGUCAAGAAUCCCAACAAGGUCGGCUUCAAGUACUCCAACUCCACCGCCCUCCUCAACUAUAGAGGCAAGCUUGUCGGUGAAGCCCCACUGCUCGCCGACAAGAUAUCUGCUGGCGAAACCAAGCACAUGAACCUGUCGGUCACCAUCCUUGCCGACCGCUUGCUCUCCAACAUGACUGAGAUUUUCUCCGAUGUCAACUCCGAUGUCCUACCCCUCAACACCUACAUCAAACUUUCUGGGAAAGUCAAAAUCCUUUUCUUUAAAAUCCACGCCACUACGUCCACAACUUGUGAUUUCAAUAUCUACAUCUCCAACCGAACUAUCAACGAGCAACGCUGCGAGUAUAAGACAAAAUUUUAAGUAUUAAUAGUUACUACUCUUUUUUUUCCUUCGUCCUCAUACAGUAAUUUCUUUCAAGAUCUUCUUAUUUUACUCUAUAUUUUCAUUCCA